UUUUACUAGGUUCAUCUUAUGAUGCUGCAACUACAUCCUCUCAAUCAUCAACUAGAAAAGUUGUGCGAUUCUCUUCAUAUAGGCUACUUGAUAAUUAUAUUAUUAGGCUACUAUCAUACCAGAAUAAUGAAAAGUUUAAAAUUCUUUUAUUAAGAUUAACAGUUUCUUGUGAGAUUCUGGAUCGUCAAACUCUUGGUAGACAAAUUUUAGAGAAAGCAACAAAUGUUAAGAAUGAACAAUUAUUAGGAGUAAUGAUAAUUACUUCAGAAGGAAGACCCUAUAUAUGGAAGGCAGUAGACAUUAGUUCAGAAGGAAAAUCUUAUGUUUUAGUAAUGGAAAAAAUCAAUAUAAUGAUUGAUGAGUUAAAAAGCAUGAAUAUAAAAGUCUUAGCAGUCGUAACUGAUAACUCUGUUGAAUUAUUUCUGCCUAGUUUUUUAAAAGAUGAUAUUAAUUAUCAAACAAGCAUUAAUAGUGAACAUAUUGGAGAGCUCGAUGAAAUUGAUUCAGAAUCUGAAGAAUUUGUGAAUUUUACCUCGAAUAAAAAUGAUGAGUUUCAGGAUUCAAAUUCUUUAGAAGAGUUUGGCCAAUUUUUAGAUGAUAAUGAGGUGCUUUCUUCGUUAAUUAAGGAUAUUGUUCAUCUAUCAUUAGAUCCUAAUUCAAAAUAG